AAAAUUAUGACAAGCAAUUUACAAUUUGAUCAGUAUCUGAUAGAUACUGAUCAGUUAGACCGAAAAGAGUAAUGAAUGACAACAAAAUUAGAUAUAAUGCAAAGUUUUGUUGAAGAUCCACAUACAUCCUCACGCAGGGUAGCACAAGUACAUGAUGUAGGUCGUUCUUCAGUCUUAGGUUUAUUACAUAAAAAUAUUUUUAAACGAUACAAAAUUAACUUAUUGCAAGAAUUAAGUGAAGAUGACUUCGAUCGUAGAUUAGAGUUUACUGAGGUAAUGAUGGAUAAAAUGGAAAAGGAUAAAAAUUUCGUUAACAGAAUAUGUUUUUCCGAUGAAGCAACCUUUACACCGUGUGGAAGUGUAAAUGGACACAAUUUACGGUACUAAAGUGACGUAAAUUCACACUGGAUGUGUGAAAACCAAACUCAAAGACCACAAAAAUUAAUGUAUGGCCAGGUAUAGCAGUACUCAGUUAAUUAGGCCAUUUCUAAUCGAAGGAAAUUUAACUUCAGAUAGUUACGAAAUGUUACUUAGAAAUGAAAUUGUACCUACACUGAUAAACUUGUUUG